CUCCACUAGGAAAUCCAACUAUUCAAAAUCCGGCUGAAAACCCAACCCCGACGCAAAAUAUUCCACCGGCUGAAUAUCCGAUUCAGACGCAAAACCAAGCCCCAGCACCGACCCCAGAAGGUGAUCUCAUAUCAUUUGACGAAAACCCACCGACGUACCAACCAACCCAGCCGAGAGAGGCAAGCGCGCCGGCAGUCGACCCCGGGAUAGGAUCUAGUUCAAAGCAAAAUAUCGUAAACUACCAAGAUAGUGGCAGAGCCUCAUUGCUUCGCAAAAAAACUAUCUUAAUUCAUAAAAAUAUAUCAAAUGGGUUUGAGUUUUAUGAUGGAAAAAGAAAAUGGUAUGGUGUUAAAGAAGAUUUUCGUGCAUUAUCUAAUAAGUACUAUUUUAUUAAAACAGAUUUAAAAGAAACAACCAUAGAAACCUAUAAAAGAAUUAACAAAGAAUCGGAAGCUAUAGCAGAAAAAACAAAUGGACAAGUCGAUAUGCGAAAAUCAGGAGGUUAUACAUUAACAAGUUUAAAACUUUUUAGAGAAACUACUUUAGUACCUGAAAGAAGCGAAAAAGUAGAUGAAAAAGAAAAUGCUUGGUUAAAUUUAGCCUCAACUGGUGCUUUAGUAUUUGCAGAAAAAUAUGAAGGGGAAGCUAUUCAAUAUGAU